UCUUCAUUUAAAAUGCCCCUUAAACAAUAAUGAACGUGUCUUUGGUUUUUGAGGGAAAACCCCUUAAAGUCCCCCAGACUGGGACCCAGGUUUGUGAACCAGUGCUUCUCCAGCCUGCCGGUGACAGCAGGAAUAGGAUCGGCCGGGCGCUAAAGUGGGAUGGAUGAGCGCCAUAUUGCGCCUGGGUGAACAGAGGGAGGGGAAAUCUGCGGCUUCCAGCUUCGGACCGCUGAACAUUCAUCAUCUCAUCAGCUCCGGAAGACACAGAGAAGAAAUACAGCCACACGGAACACAGGUCUCUUCUUUGGAAACACUUUUUAUUUUAAAUUUAACAGCUCGUCGCACAGAGCAAGGAAAAGGACAGCAAAAUGCCCAAAGCGGUCAAUGUUCGCGUCACCACCAUGGACGCUGAGCUGGAGUUUGCCAUCCAGCCCAGCACCACCGGCAAGCAGCUGUUCGACCAGGUGGUGAAAACCAUCGGCUUACGUGAGGUCUGGUACUUCGGACUUCAGUAUAUGGAUGGCAAAGGUUACUACACUUGGCUUAAACUGGACAAAAAGGUGUCAUCCCAGGACGUGAAGAAGGAGAACCCUCUGCAGUUCAAGUUUCGGGCCAAAUUCUUCCCGGAGGAUGUGUCUGAGGAGCUGAUCCAGGACAUCACCCAGAAGCUUUUCUUCCUGCAGGUGAAGGAGGGCAUCCUGAGCGACGAGGUUUACUGUCCACCAGAGACGGCCGUGCUGCUGGCCUCAUACUCUGUCCAGGCCAAGUUUGGAGACUACAACAAAGAAGUCCACCGGCCUGGAUACCUGCUGUCUGAACGCCUGCUGCCACACAGAGUCCUGGAGCAGCACAAGUUAUCCAGAGAACAGUGGGAGGAGAGGAUUCAGGUGUGGCACGAGGAGCACCAUGGGAUGUUAAAGGAGGACGCUAUGCUGGAGUACCUGAAAAUUGCCCAGGACCUGGAAAUGUACGGAGUCAACUACUUUGACAUCAAGAAUAAGAAGGGAACAGAGCUGUGGCUGGGAGUGGACGCCCUGGGACUUAACAUUUAUGAGAAGGAGGACAAAUUGACCCCAAAGAUUGGCUUCCCCUGGAGUGAGAUCAGAAACAUUUCCUUCAACGAUAAGAAGUUCAUUAUCAAGCCCAUCGACAAAAAGUCUCCGGACUUUGUGUUUUAUGCCCCGAGACUGCGCAUAAACAAGCGCAUCCUGCAGCUGUGCAUGGGCAACCACGAGCUGUACAUGCGUCGCCGCAAGCCAGACACGAUUGAGGUGCAGCAGAUGAAGGCCCAGGCCCGAGAGGAGAAGCAGCAGAAACAGCUGGAGAGGGCCCAGCUGGAGAACGAGAAGAAGAAGAGGGAGGCUAUCGAGAAAGAGAAGGAGCAGAUGGAGCAAGAAAAGCAGAAUCUGAUGCUGAGGCUCUACCAGUUUGAAGAGAAGACCAAGAAGGCAGAGAGAGACCUGCAGGACCAGCUUCAGAGAGCCAUGAUGCUGGAGCAGGAGCGGAGGAGAGCCGAGGAGGAGGCAGCUCGUCUGGAGGCAGAGCGUCAGGCUGCCCUGCUGGCUAAAGAGGAGCUGGCACGCCAGGCUGAGGACCAGAAGAAGAGUCAGGAGCAGCUGGCUGCAGAGCUGGCCGAGCACACAUCAAAGAUCAACAUGUUGGAGGAGGCCAAGAGACGCAAGGAGGAGGAGGCCGACACAUGGCAGCUCAGGGCCAGGGAGGCCCAGGACGACCUGAUAAAGACCAAGGAGGAGCUGCACAUGGUGAUGACGGCGCCCCCGCCACCUCCACCUCCUCCCAUGUACGACCACCUGGACGACAACAGCGACAGCGAGGAGAACACCAGCACGAACAGCGCCGACCUGCAGACUGAAGGCAUCAACGACCACCGCCGCGAGGAGGAACGCCUGACCGAGGCCGAGAAGAACCUGCGCGUCCAGAAACAGCUGGAGGCCCUGACCUCAGAGCUGGCUCAUGCACGUGAUGAAUCCAAGAAUACCCAGAACGACCUUCUUCACUCUGACAACGUCCGGGCCGGCCGAGACAAAUACAAGACCCUGCGACAGAUCAGGCAGGGCAACACCAAGCAGAGGAUCGACGAGUUCGAGGCCUUAUAAAAAAAGCCUUCGGCCCUCAGCCAACGUACCCUUUCUGAAUGGUCACUACCUCGUGCUCUAGGAUGACACACACAAACACACUCAAACUCACAUAAUAACACAGUUGCAGACUAAACUGGAGCAGCAGAAUAAGCGCAGCAGAAGCAUCAUUUACAGAGACACACUCCUGUUGUGAGUGUUGUCUCGCGGUUUGCGGGGCUUUGCAAAUGCUUUGAAGAAAACUUAGUGCCAAAACCUUUCUCUUCUUAGUGUUUCAGAUCUUAUUUGUGUAUUUGAAUGUGUCAUUUGAUCAAUUCAGACCAAAUCAUUAUUGUUUUUAUCCAGAGGUGUGAUGUAGUGGGACUAGCCAAAUUUUAUUAUUAUUAUUAUUAUUAUUAUUAUUAUUUCACAUGAUGUGCACAUAUAAUAUGUAGUCAAAGCCUCGCUUCUUUACGAUGUCUGUCAUGUGUUGUGUAGGAAGAAAUGGACAGUUUGUCGUUCAUAGCGGCCACUCAGAAAGGGGAAAUGUAUGUUUAUUUUGUUUUCCAUUAUAUUUGAACACUUACAUUAUGUUUAAUAUUGCUAUACAGUAGUUUAAAAUCAUGCCUAGUUUAAUAUUUAUACUGUAUAUGGGACCUAAAAAAGGGUAUUUCAUCUUGGUUUGUAUAUUUUUGCUAUCUACUAAUGAUAAUGAAAACAUUUAAUAUGUUUCAAAGGUUUUAUAUAUUGACCAAAAUAAUAUGUUCCAAUACGUUUUCUUUUAGAUCACUAAAUUAAAGAGAUUUAAUUGUAAAUUAUUAUUAUUUUUUACUGUAGGAAAUAUCCUGCUGCAUGCCAUUAAAUCAGUUAAGGAUAUUGCUAUCUGCCUAGGUACAUUUGAUUAGUUUUUUUGCCGUGCAGUUAACAGCAUGCUGAGAAAUAUCUUUAUCCUCGGAGCGCUGUGUUGACUGACACUUAGAUUUAAUAUAUUUUCUUUCUCUGUUCUGCGUCAUGUCACUGUUGAGUGAGAGAUGAGCAUGUGCUGUGUGCUUUUACCCUCCUAAGUGGCCUUUCUCUCUGGCGGUCCCCCUGCAGGGAUUAGUCCCAGACAGUAGGUCUUUACUAUUUAGCGAAGGUGCAUAGUCACAAUAAAUAUUGAUGUAACUUUGAAAGCCUUUAGUUAUUUUAGUGUUAAAAUGAGGGUUGAGGUGGAGGUUAUAAAGAGAUUUCAUUUUGCAGCUUGGUCGCAGCGGACUGACCGAGACAAUAUGACACCAUCUCACUCUUUCACUCUCUGGAAAUGGACUAGAGUAGCAUCUACUGACACUGUAAUGGAAACACACAGCUCCGCUGGCCUUUGUAUGUGAGCAGGAUUUUAUAAUGAGGUGUUCAACAUAUUGGCAAUAAAGAAAAAUCUGUGAUUACCCAU